AUGCCGCAGCGGAACUAUAUAAGAGCGGCACUUGGCAUUGCUCUUGGCCUCAGUUGCCUCCAACCAGUUACUGGUUGUGAGCUGCACUGCGACGCCUUCCGAGCUCUAGAGCCUUCGGUCGUACUCCCCGCGACAGUUAACGCCGCGGACACCCUUCCGGCCUUACGUCUGACGGCCGUGAACGCCGCCAUACCGGCCUUACCUCUGACGGCCAUGAACGUCGCCAUACCCUUCCAGCCUACAUCUGACGGCCAUGAACGCCACCAUACCGGUCUUAUCUCUGACGGCCAUGAACGCCGCCAUAUCCUUCCGGUCUUACCUCUGACGGCCGUGAACGCCGCCAUUCCUCGGGCCUUACCUCUGACGGCCUUCCACCACGUCCAGGAAGGGCUCUCGCGGCCAGCGACGCCGCCCAAUCCGCCCGUCUCCGGGCGACCUGCUCCAGGUCGCAGUCUCAGCACGCCGAUCUCUAUCGACUCGGGGAGCCGCUGCGCGACAGGAGGAUCUCCGCCAGCGAGCAUCUUCUCUUGGGGGCCACCCAACGACGACUCGUCAUCUCCGGGACGAUCGACGCUGCCCACCAUCCGGCAGUCACCAGUACCACGACGCUCGCCGCCGCCGACUUCGCGGCCAUCUACGCCGCCGCCUGGGCGCACACCUCCCUCGCCGUGCACUGACGAGGAGAGACGAGUUUCCGGACGACGAGCCAGGCGCCCAACCGAUCGCUUCAAGCAACGGCUCCUGGAUCUGUUUGAGUCAGCUUCUUCCUCAGAGGAUAGCCCCGCCUGCCCCGCCGACCUGCCCCGCCGACUUCGCACGAAGAGGACGCACCGAGGCCCUCAACCUCCUCGAGCUCAACUGCACCCGAGUGACCACCGAUUCCUGGCCGCUUUUUGGAGCUCGGCGCGCAGCAGGACAGGCCGUGGCAACUCUGCACCAUCGAGCUCGGCCACGAGCAUCGGCCGCUGCACCGUGACACUCGCCGCUUCUACACCGAAGCCGCCACGCAGACCGCGGGACUGCCACCGGCCCAGGUCGUGCCAUCAACACUCACCCUCCGGCCACACCGAGGAGGAACCGGGGCUCGUGAGAGGUGCAGGGAGCGGCUACAAGAGCUUGCGCGCGCAUGCGCAGAGACCUGACGCGACCGACUCGCCCACACGUUAUUCUCGCGGGACCCAAACCAAGUCCCGAUAG